AUGCGCCAAUUCAAGGGAGUACUUGUGGACGCCGAACCGAAAUCUAUUCAGAAAAUUCAACAAAUGACCGAGUUGAAACCUCAUCUGCGCAAAGACAAUCUGAUAUGCGGUCGUUCCGGUUGUGGAUCCAAUUGGGCAUACGGUUAUUCCACCACAUCGAGUAACAGUCCACUAUACCUGGAAGGAUUAGAUUGCAUUCGUCGUGAGGCGGAGAAACUCGGACAUUGUUUGGGAUUGUGCCUUAUUCACAGCCUGGCCGGGGGUACUGGAUCCGGUUUAGGAUUGCGGUUGGUUGAAGAGGCGGACAGCGAACUAUCGCUUCGACUUCGCUUGUGCUUCACUGUGGUCCCGCAUCGGUACGGCGAUUCGCCGCUUCAAGCGUACAAUAGUCUGUUGUGUUUGGCUCGCUUGACACAGUUAAGUGACAGUAUUGUACUGUUGUACAACGAUUGGUUAUUAGAACAGCUACAGAUGUGGCAGUCGCCCGGGGACAAACCGCCUGAUGAACGUCCCAUUUUGUCGAAUACAUCGAUCAAUCUGGACCAAAUGAAUCGUCUUGCCUCGGAUCAGAUGAGCAAUUUGUUGUCACCUUGUCAUUGGCCAUCCUGUCCGAAAGAAUUCGGUGAUGUGGACAAAGGGACCGGUGCGGACGAGGAGGAUGUACACUGUCAGCCGUUGGAACUUAGCCACAUUCUAACCGCGUUACCCGAGGCACGAUUAAUUCGAUGUGUCUCCACUCCGACAGAACGGAUACGGAUUCAUAAGAAGUUAUUCGAUAAACUGUACACCGAACCAAACAAUUGGACAAUUCAACUGGGAUUACUACAAAACACCUUACAUCAGUGUCCGAUCGAUGCCACAUGGAAUUUGUACAAACCGGGUCGACAAACUGGCUGUCGACCGAUGAAUUGUUUGGCCGCUUUGCUGGCCUACCGAAUGCAUUAUACGAAUGCACUAUCUACCGGGGAUGAUAAACAGUACCAAGCCAAAUGUAAACCCAAUCAAGGCAUAGUUAAACAUCAGGCUAUUCGUUCGCUUUGGGAUUACAUACGUCCGGUUCCGUGGAAUCCUGAACCGAUUGAUCAGUGGUUUGAUGUGAACGGAAAAACUACACGGAAUAGUGUAACACUGGCUUUCAACUCGUGUUGCAUAACGGAGGAUUUGAAUUGUCUGAUUUCGCGAGCCUAUAUGCGAUGGCGAGCUGGCGCCUAUCUGCACUGGUACAAAAAGUACGGAUGCACUGAGCGUUACAGCGGUCGUCAUCAUCAUCAUCGUCGUGCAGUGUAA